AUGUAUGCUGUUAAUAAUCAUUUGGCAUCAUUGGCCGCUUAUUUGGUGGUGUUAUCUGGUGUGUUUUUUAGGCUCCUGUGUCUGUCAAUCUCGGGCGUCCGCGGUCGCACGGAAAAACGAAUGACUGGGAAGGCUCGGCGACAGCCUCGCACGCACCAGCGGUCUCUCUCGCGCGCGCGUUCGGAUAUGCUGCUGACAGUAACAGCGGCUUGUUGCUCGUCGCCUCCUCGUCUCCACCCCGUGAGAAGUAGAACCAACGGCGGAGGCGGAGCUGGAGCUCCACCUCCACCCCGUCGUGCUGGCGCCGCGAAAUUCAGAGCUCUCGCCGCGCCCCUGCUGCGGCGCUCGUCCUCCUCUGCUUUCAUCUGCGCUUGCUCUUCUGCACCUCCUCCUACUCCCGGCGACAAGGACUGCGACCGCGAGCUGUUCGAUGAAUACCCAUUUCUUUCUUCAGAUACUCCAUGGGAGCCCGAGGAUGUAUGGAGGACAUUUGCAGCAUACCUCCUUGUCUUGCACAUUCCCUUGAGCUUUGGAGGACUCGGUGUGGUAGCCAAAGUGCUACAUUCUUCCUCACUAGACCCACUGACAACAGUCGUUUCCACAGCCAUGCUUCAACUAGGAGAGCUCACUCUGGGUUUAGCACUGUUGCAGUACACUGCAAAGCCUGGCCGUCAAGUUGGUACCUUCUUUGCUGGGAAGUUCUCGUCCAGGCCCAGCUGGGUAAAAGAAACUGUAUUAUGGUUGGGACUUCUGAUGUCUAUUGUUUUUCUCACAUCUCUGAUAGCUGACAGACUGAUAGGUCCCGAGGAUGCAUACGAUCCUAUAUUAAAGGAAAUCCUCUCCGAUGGUGGAACCUCUAGGCUAGUCUGUUGGUUUCUGUACUGUGUGAUUGCUCCAUUGUCAGAAGAAAUCAUUUACCGCGGGUUUCUUCUAACAGCCCUAUCUUCCUCGAUGAAAUGGAGGAACGCUGUCGUCGUAAGUUCAGUUAUGUUCAGUGUAGCACACCUCUCGGGGGGAAAUUUCUUUCAGUUGUUUGUCGUCGGAUGCAUCACAGGGUUAGCUUAUUGCCGGACUGGAACUUUGGCUGCUUCAUUUACCAUCCACAGCUUGUACAAUGCGGUGAUAUUGUUUACUACGAUGAUGUCUUGA